GCUGUGCCAUCGCCAGUGUCAUCAAAUCAGCUGUUUACGUUUCUAUUUUAUUUGUUUGUCGCUUACGUGCAGUUAAUUUAUCAAUUUUUUUGAUUGAUUUUAAGACAUGUCUCAAUCAAUAUUACUGCGCAGUUUUCUGCUGCACAGGCGAACGGUGUUGCAGCCAACAGUGGCACGCCUGAAAUGCCUGGCAGCGUUGCAUUCCAGUGCCCAUUUAACACAACAAGCUUCUUCCAGCGGCGUUUCAGGUGGCGGCAGAGCUCUGCAAGAGUCACGCGGUAACAGCAAUGUGUCCACAGAUGUGCGUCCCAUUGGCGAGAAGAUCAAAGAGAACACAAAGACAGCCAGUUAUACGGCUAUAAUUUUAGCCGGUCUAGGCGUUACAGGCAUUAUGUUUUAUGCCAUUUUCCGUGAGCUCUUCUCCAAGGAAAGCUCCUGCAACAUUUAUGCCACUGCGCUGAAACGUGUCGUCGACGAUCCGCGUGUGCAGGAUUCACUGGGUGCUCCCAUCAAAGGAUUCGGAGAAACAUCGCGCCGUGGACGUCGUCAGCAUGUGGCACACAACAGCUUCGAUCGUAACGGUGUACCACACAUGCGCAUGCAAUUCUAUGUCCAGGGACUACGCAAUAAGGCCACCGUGCAGCUGGAGUCGCGACGGAACUCGACGGGCAAACAGGAAUUUCGCUAUUUGUUUGUGCAAUUGGAUCAUUACCCUCGCACCACCAUUGUGCUGGAAGAUAACCGAGCCUAUGAUCCCACACCAGAGCCUUCAACUGCGUCAGCCUUCGGCAAUUUAGCCCUCAUGUCGAAUAGUCGCGACAAGUAGAGAAAGAAGAAGUCUUCCGCUUUCUACUCCCCACACUGAACCUGGCUUACAAGUUUUUAAAUUCAUUGUAUAAUUGUUAUUUAAUUUAAACAUUGACUGAAAUAAUGACAAGCGUCUUCUCCAUUCCUUCAUUCGCCAAUGGAGAAGUUGUCCAUCUCCAGUAUGGCGCCCGACUGAUGUCAGUAGAGUUUCUUCCAGGGUAUAAUCUCCCAGGAGCGUAUGAUAUGACGACCGAAUAGAAAAUCCUUCAGCUUGUUCAUAAUGUAGAAGGAGAUGCCGAAAAAUGAGGCGAAAUACAACCAGAAUUGUCCCAAACGCUCCCAAAUGCUCAAGUGGUAUCGCGCAGGCACUUGCAGCACAUCCACUUCCAGUUCGAUGAUUAAACCGGGCUCAAGACGUGGCGCCGUUGGCUUGAAGUACGUCUCUUGCACCACCAGCUGAAAGUAGGCAGGAUUGGCCUUGACCUGGCCGAGCAACGAUUCCAUUUUGUAUUGCGCAAUGUUCGCAUGACUUGAAUUGCUGUCCAGCUGCACCUGACGAAAGUGCGUCUGAAUGUUGCGGCCCGGAAAGGGACAGGUGAACUCCACGUACUGCUUCAGUUUCACCUCACCCUUGAGCAGGAUGUGUCCGUUUUGCAUCCGUGCUGAUUGCGGCAAUUGCAGUUGAUAGGCGAGCACAGCUGGUGGAGUUAAGACACACUUGUGUCGCAGUUGAGCCUCGAAGAAGAGCAGCAGAUCGAACUUAGUCAGGUCGGUGGGCAGCUCACUCAGUUCCAGACGAAAGUGUAGACGAUCCGUGACCGUAUCACGAUCCAGAUCUUGUGUCCAAUACUUACUCGCCUCACAGUUGCCCGAAUAGUUUUGUGUGCGCGCAUUAAAGUUGCCAAAGCUGCUGCAGGCCACAAAGCCAGGCGAGGAAGAUGCCUCAUUUGUGGCCAGGUUGGCUACAAAGACGUAUUGAUAUUUGAACUGCACGUUGGGCUGUUCGUAGAGCACACGUGACUCCGAGAUGCCCGAGUAGGGGCUGAGCAGGGAGACCAAUAGAACCGGCAGCAUGACCGACAAGGCGAUGAAGACGACAACCAACAGCGAUGCCAGCGAGCAUAGCGAAUUCUUGUACACUAUAGCCGUAUUUGUGGUAUGCAGCGGUAUAAAUUUCAUAAUAUAUAUUUAUUUUCCACAAUUUUUCGCU